CUAGAAACUUUAUUAGGUGGAAGAAAAUUGGGAAAGCGUUUUUCUGGCGACAGAAUCGGGUAUUUUAACCAGACUUACGAGUUCUUAGUGCAACACAAAAAAAAUGCCAAAGUAAAAGUUUUUUUUUUUUUUUUAAGAAAAACAAAUCUAGUUUCUAUGGAAACAAAAAUUAGCAAGUGAGCACAUGGAUGAUGGGUUGGGCUACACACACAGGGUGAAUGUCAAGAUCAAGAAGAAGGUUCCCGCUCAGCAAACCUCAACUGGCCACGAAAUGGGUGCACAGCCUGGGCAUGAAAAACUUCACCCCAACUGCCAACACCUGCCUCUGCUCAGAGCAUUUCCGGACGGACUGCUUCAGGGACUACAACGGCAAGCAGUUUCUGAGGGAGGACGCGGUACCCACCAUAUUCAACCAUGGGCAAGAUUCAUCAAAGAUUGAACUUCGGAAAAGAGGGGUGAUACCAAAGGAGACGAAUGUCACAAAUCAAAUAGGAACACAAGCGGACAGAGACCGAGCGAGAGAGGCUGCCGGUCUACGCAGAGACAAAAGAGGAGGAAUGAGGGGUGGACGCGGUGGCCGUGGAGGAAAACAGCUGUCUGAAAGGCAGACGAUCGGAGCCAAGAGCAGAGUGUACGACAGCAAAGGCCGACUGCUGUCCAACGGCAAGGACAUGUGUGACUGCCUGGACGUGGAUUGCAUGGGCUGUUUCUACCCCUGCCCCGACUGCGGCUCACGCAAGUGUGGGGUCGAGUGCCGCUGCGAGAGGAAGUGGCUUUACGAGCAGGUGGAGGUGGAGGGCGGAGAGAUCAUCCGGAACAAGUUUGCUGUGUAAUCAGCUGUGAAUAUUUUAAAGGCUCAUGAAUUCAGGGGCUUCUGGGAACUAAAACUUGCCUCCUCAGAUCCUGCUGCAAGUCGAGUUGAUGGACAAUUCAAGACUGUGAAGGAAUCUUCAAUAAGGUUCAUUGAUAUUUAUCAGGUUUUGCAAAACUCCUGCACAUGAUAGAAAUAUGCAGAACAACGUGAGUAUUCUGCUGAAUUUUGCAUGUGCAGUUUAUAGCUCAUAGAACCUCUAUUCCUGUAAAGUUGUUUUUUGUUUUUCUGUAUCCUCUGGUAAAAUAUUUCUUAUGUGCCAAUCUGUGUUAAUAAACCAUAUUCUUAAUGUUA